UUCCCUACGAUUUCUACGAGAGAUUUGACCUGGAAACCAUGAACGAAGACGAGUGCAUUGCCGAGUUUAGAAUGCGAAAACAAGACAUACCGAUAGUAGUUGACGCUCUACAACUACCAGCCACUAUUCAGUGUUCACAAAGAACAAUCUGCGAUGCAGAUGAAGCUCUGUGUAUGCUCCUAAGGCGUUUUUGCUAUCCUUGUCGAUAUUCUGAUCUGAUCGGCCGGUUUGGUAGACCUGUGCCAGAGCUGUGCAUGAUAACAAACACCUUGAUGGACUAUAUAUUUGACAAUCAUUGCCAUCGAAUUUCGCAAUGGAAUUAUGAUAUACUCAAUCCACCGAUGUUACAAGAAUAUGCUGAUGCAAUUUUUGCCAAGGGAGCCCCAUUAAGCAACUGUUUUGGCUUUGUAGACGGAACGGUGCGACCAAUAUCGCGUCCAGGCCAAAACCAAAGAAUUGUAUAUAAUGGUCAUAAAAGAGUGCACUCUUUAAAGUUUCAGUCAGUGGCGCUGCCUAACGGCCUUAUCGGACACAUGUAUGGCCCAGUCGAGGGCAAAAGACAUGAUGCAUUUAUGCUGAUGGAAUCCAAUAUUUUGCAUGAAGUAGAAAACAAUGCAUUCUCCCCUACUGGUCAGGCGAUGUGUAUGUAUGGGGACCCUGCGUACCCAUUGAGGGUACACCUUCAAACCCCUUUCCGUAAUGGAGUUUUGACCCCCAUGAUUGAAGAGUACAACUCAAGAAUGAGCUCAGUACGGUCGUCAGUAGAAUGGUUGUUUGGAGAAAUCAUCAACGACUUCAAAUUCUUGGACUUCAAAAAGAACCUGAAACUUAACCUUAGUUGUGUUGGAAAAAUGUACCUUGUUUGUGCAUUUCUUGAGAAUGUAAUAACCUGCUUGUAUGGAAACACUACUUCAGAGUUCUUUGGUCUUGACCCUCCCUCAAUAUACUACUACUUAAAUUAAAACACCUCAGUGGGAGAUUACAGCUAAGUUUUUU